AUGUUUCCAGAAGGACUAGAUUGGGCUCCUAUAGUCUCUUUAGGCUGCCCGGUUGACGUCUUUGCCCACGAUGGCAUAAGGAUGUUGGCUUAUCAGAGCAGCAGUGGUGAACUCGACGGCAUCCAGAGCUAUCCGAACUUACUGGCCGAAGAGAAAUACCACAGCGCUGCAAACAUCCAAGAUACCCUCAACAAAUUCACAGGACUCUUUGAACUUAAGUUAUGA